UGCUCUGGCCGAGACAGCAAGCACUACCUCCUCCUCUACGGCAAUUCAAACUGUUGUAACCUUCCAGCUAUUUUCUGCGAGAAACCAAACUACAACAAGCGGUAAAGACAAGGCCUCACCCAGUACUAAACGACCUUGCUGUGACGUCUGUAAAUCUCAACAUUAGUGAGUGGACACAACUUAAGCUCCUCCACACCUCUGUCACAACAACCUCUACUACACCAUUCUGAAACAUGGAUCUUAAUCUGCUGGAGUGUAAGGUUUGCUACAACAGAUUUGAUGAUGUUCGUCGACCACGUACUCUACCCUGUGGCCACACCUUCUGUACUUGUUGUCUUACUGAAACCAUCAAGGUUGGCAGUUCUCACUGUCCAAGCUGUCGCAUCCAACACAGGUCCUCUGCUGUGACGGAUUUUCCUAUCAACUUCAUGGCCGAGGCUUUUAUGAAAUCUCUGGGAAAAGUUGAAACCUCGACAAAAAGAGAAAAAAGACACCAAGUUAAUGUCACUGUUAGGGGAAUCAGUAGGAGACUUAAAGAAUUAAAAAUCGAACAAGAAAACAUCGUCCGCACGUUGAUUGGUAACUGUCUACAAACAAAAUCUCAGAUGAACAAAUACGAGACCUACAUAAUCAUAUGGAAGGAGGAAGUUAAUGAGAUUAUUACUCAGUUUGGUGCUAUGACAAAUGAAACACUGAAGAACUUAGAAGAAGAACACUCCAGACUGACGAGGUUGGAACAAGAAGGAGAUGAAGAUGUGAAACAGUUGGAAGCCAUCUUGGGGACACUGGAUAAGGCCACCAGUUCUCAAGAGGCUGGUGCUGCUAUUGAUGAGACUGAGAACUACGUUGCUGCGGCACAGAACUGGAACACUAAGUGUCAAGAAUGCUUCCCAAGUGUCAACACUAUCCAUACUACCUUUAAGUUAAGGGAGAUUAUGAAGAUGCUAGAGAGAAUGGGCUCGAUCACUGCGACAGAUACCCUCCCACAAUUUGAUGCUACAUCCAGUAUCCAGGAAAAGGUUGAUAAGAUUAUAGGAAACAUGUCUUUUGUUGUGCACGAAGAACCUCCACAGCAAACAGUGGAGCAGCUACCGAACACACGACUUACUAUUGAUAGUUUACGCUCCGGGGCAAGAUCUGUAAACACCUUGCUGAGGAAUGGUCAGGUGUUGGCUAUACAGGAGGGUGAAGAGCUCAGCUCAGCUAAGAUUUCACUGGCAGGCGAGAAGAUGUGCCUGCACCAUCUGCAGAAGAUUCCUCUGCCCCCUGAUGCUCACAUUGUUAUGCACAGCCAAUUGAUGAAGGCGAUAGACCUCUCCUCUGCCACGGUGUUCCUCGACUUGGCAUGGGAUGGCAUGAAUAAAGGCCGACUCCACAUCCGGCUGUUAUCCGCUCAUUCUUUCGAGUGGAUCCGUCAAUUCGUGGCCAUGUGUACGGGAGAGUGGGGACCUUCUUAUGUUAACUCGCACUUUGUUGAGCUAGAAAAAGGUUGUAAAUGGGAGCGUGUUGUGGCUGGCGAUUAUGAGUACAACAAUGGGAAAGGAGGAGCUGCCAUAAAACGUGGCUUGGUUUUGUCUGAUUGGGAGGGCUUGUAUUCUGUCGGAACUGUAGCUGCGAGAUGGUGGGGAAGUGACGCUACAGCAACACAAUUCGUCAUCUACACCAAAGCCAUGUCAGAAGAAUCACACCCACUUAUCAUCGGUAAUGUUGUGAGUGGUAUGCCUCUUCUUAAGUUAGCAGUCAGUCUCAGCGAUGUUACCCAGGUUCUCGUGAUUGACAGUGGCAUUGUUCUUUCAUUCUAACUGUACUAACUGGUAUUUACUGUCAUAGGCUAAGUGUGAUGAUAGUAAUGUGUCAAUGGCUGUUGGUGAUGUAUAGUGAAGUAUAGUGAUAGCUGUGAUGAGGUAUGGUGAUGGUGACUGUUGGUAAUUGUAAUGGUUAGUAAGAAAUAGUGGUGAUAAUGUUCUGUGUUGUUGAUGGCGGUGAUGAGGUGCGGGGACUGUGGUGAUGAUGGUGAUGAUGACUCUCAUUGCCUGUCACUGUUGUGGUACCAUCAUCAUCAUCAUCACACUGUCACCUCUCUUUUCGCAGCUAUUUCAUUUAUCAUCGUAAUGAAAGCAUAUCAAAACUCACACCUAAGUUACAAACUCCAUUUUUUACUAUAAAUAUUAACACCAUUAUCACCAUUAACACGAUUGUCACCAUUAUUAUUACUUAUUGUAAAGACCUUUAACACAAACCAUAAUUGCCUUGGUCAUUUCACCAUACAGCAUCAGAUCAUACACUAUCUUCACUGUUGACACCAUCAUACACUAUCUUCACUGUUGACACCAUCAUACACUAUCUUCGCUGUUGACACCAUCAUACACUAUCUUCG